AUGGGUGGCCAGAUGCAGCAGAACAAUGCCGCUUCGACUGCUCUGUACGAUGGCUCCCUGCACAAUGUGGGUCCCACGAGCGACGCCGGAGAUGCAGUCAUGGCGCGGUGGCUCCAGUCCGCCGGGUUGCAGCAUCUGGCCUCACCCUUGGCUUCCACCGGAAUCGACCAGCGUCUCCUACCCAACUUCCUCAUGCAGGGUUAUGGUGCACAAUCUGCCGAGGAGAAACAAAGAAUUUUCAAGUUAAUGAGAAACCUCAAUUUUAAAGGUGAAUCUGGUUCUGAGCACUACACUCUGACUGCACAAAACUCUGCUGGGAUUGCUGCCCCAGAUGGUUUUUAUUCUCCUGAAUUUAGGGGGGAUUUUGGAGCGGGGCUUCUGGAUCUCCAUGCUAUGGACGACACAGAGCUUCUAUCUGAGCAUGUUAUUUCAGAACCAUUUGAGCCAUCUCCUUUCAUGCCUGCUGUCACAAAAGCAUUUGACAAUAACUUUGAUGCAAUGGCCAGCCGCCCUCAAAGGGGGCAGACAGAUGCACAUGAACCCGUUGGAUUACCUAUGAGUGAAAAGGAAAACAAUGUGGCCAAGAUUAAAGUUGUGGUACGUAAAAGACCUCUAAAUAAAAAGGAAAUAUCUCGCAAGGAGGAUGACAUUGUGACUGUAUAUGAUGAUGCUUUGACUGUCCAUGAACCCAAGCUAAAGGUGGACUUGACUGCUUAUGUGGAGAAGCAUGAGUUCUGUUUUGAUGCUGUUCUAGAUGACGUGACCAAUGAUGAGGUAUAUCAUGCUACUGUAGAGCCAAUUAUCCCUACCAUUUUUCAGCGAACAAAGGCAACAUGUUUUGCAUAUGGACAGACAGGGAGUGGUAAGACAUAUACGAUGCAACCAUUGCCUCUCAGGGCUGCAGAAGACCUCGUUAGACAAUUGCAUCAUCCAAAUUACCAAAAUCAGAAGUUCAAGUUGUGGCUUAGCUAUUUUGAGAUAUAUGGCGGAAAACUCUUUGAUCUUCUUAGUGAUAGGAAGAAACUUUGUAUGAGAGAAGAUGGACGGCAGCAAGUUUGCAUUGUCGGACUGCAGGAAUUUGAAGUUUCGGAUGUACAGAUUGUCAAAGAAUAUAUUGAGAGGGGAAAUGCAGCAAGAAGUACUGGCUCAACUGGUGCCAAUGAGGAAUCUUCAAGGUCGCAUGCCAUACUACAGCUUGCUGUUAAGAAGCACAGUGAGAUAAAAGACUCCAGGCGGGCCAAUGAUGGCAAUGAGUCCAAGAGUGGGAAGGUGGUUGGGAAGAUUUCUUUUAUAGAUCUUGCUGGAAGUGAAAGAGGUGCUGACACAACUGAUAAUGACAGGCAAACAAGGAUUGAGGGGGCUGAAAUUAACAAGAGUCUUUUGGCUCUGAAAGAAUGUAUUCGUGCUCUUGACAAUGAACAGAUUCAUAUUCCAUUUCGUGGGAGCAAACUCACUGAGGUGCUUCGUGAUUCCUUUGUUGGCAACUCAAGAACUGUUAUGAUCUCUUGCAUUUCUCCAAAUGCUGGUUCAUGUGAACACACACUCAAUACAUUGAGAUAUGCUGACAGAGUUAAAAGUCUCUCCAAAAGCGGAAAUGUGAAAAAAGAGCAGGUUGCUACUUCAUUACCCCCCAUUAGUGAAUCUUCAUCAGCAUCAUUGUUGCCUGUUUCUGCUGAUUUGGAGGAUUUUUGUGAGCAACAGCAAGAAGUUAAAAUUGCAGAUACAGGCAGAAGGGUCAUAGAAAAAGAAAUUUCUUCUUACAAUCCUUUAGCUAAUUUUAACAACCAAUCAUCUAGUUUUACAUCAAAUGCCUUCAACGAACGGGAGGAAAGUGGGGUGACUUCUGGUUCUAUGGAUAGAGAGGUGUUUGAUAUGAAGACUAGUUUUAGUGGUUCUACAAGUCAAAAAAUGUAUACACCAUCAUAUUCCCAAAACUCAGUUGAUACAGAAGAGAAGGUGCAGAAGGUAUCUCCACCUCGAAGAAAAGCUUAUAGGGAUGAAAAAUCUGAAAAGCAUGGUAACUGGCUGAAAAAAGAUGGCAGCAGCUCUGAUCUGACUACCACAAAUUAUAAGCAGCAAACUACAAGGACUUCUAGCACAAAAAACAUUGGAUCCAAGCAAUAUGAACCUGAAGAACCUUCUCAUGAUGGAAACAUCAAUGAAGUACUUGAGGAAGAAGAGGCCCUCAUUGCAGCCCAUAGAAAAGAAAUAGAAGACACAAUGGAGAUAGUUCGUGAAGAAAUGAAGCUAUUGGCGGGAGUGGACCAACCAGGCAGCCUCAUUGAAAAUUAUGUGUCCCAGUUAAGUUUCGUGCUCUCACGCAAAGCAGCAAGUCUGGUCAGCCUUCAGGCCCGCCUUACCAGGUUCCAGCAUCGACUAAAAGAGCAGGAGAUACUGAGUAGGAAGAGGAUACUCCGUUGA